CCUGCAGAGAUGUUGCGGACUUGUGUAGUUGUGCUCCUGGUGGUGGCCCUCUGUGGUGCCACUCCCCUGCUGAGACCCACCCCAGGGAUCAGGCAAUGGAGGCCUCGUGUGGAUGGGCGCAUCGUCGGUGGUUCCGCUGUCAGCAUCUCCCAGUACCCGUGGCAACUCUACUUCACCAUGGGCAACUACAUGUGUGGUGCCUCGAUCAUCAGCAACACCUGGGCUCUGUCUGCGGCCCACUGUGUAGACGGCUACUCCACCAGCCAGAUGCUGCUGCGCGCAGGCACCUCCACCAGGGGUAGCGGUGGCACCACCCACAACAUCGCCUCCGGCUACAUACACGGAAGCUACUCUGAUCCCGACUACGACAUCGCCGUCGUGCAGGUAUCCAACGCCUUCAGCUUCAAUAGCAACGUGCAGGCCGUGGGUCUGACCUCGUCAGAGCCCUCUGCUGGAACAUCGGUAACAGUUACCGGCUGGGGUGCAACCUCAUCUGGCGGCAGUGCCUCCAACACGCUGCUGGCGGUGAACGUCCAGAUCAUAGACCGCAACACGUGCAACGGCUCGUACGGUUAUAUCACCAGCCGCAUGAUCUGCGCAGGUGUGUCCGGAGGCGGCAAGGACUCCUGCCAGGGAGACAGCGGCGGUCCUCUGGUGACCGGUUCCACGCAGGUCGGCAUCGUCUCCUUUGGAGAGGGCUGUGGCUUGGCCAACUAUCCGGGAGUCUAUGCCAAUGUAGCCAACCUGAGGUCCUGGAUCCAACAAGCUACUGGAGUCUAAGCCAUGGAUUAUCGCAGCCAAUAUUUUGUCUAAUACUCGAAGACGGCACCACAAAUAAAUAAAUAAAGUAUUGUUUUCCG